AGGAGGUUUGUAGACAGAAAAGAUAGACUCCCUUAUUUUUCAUCAUAUUGAGAAUAAUGAUGAUGAUGACUCUCUUAACUAAAAACUGAGAGUCUCAGUUGGUUAAGCUGGUUAGAGAUCGAUAAAAUAGAAGACUCUGGCUGAUUUGGACCUUCUACAAGGUCAACCUAAGACUAUCUAUUUUGUUCUCAUUUUCAUCGGUUUCUUAACUAUCAAAUUAAUUGUCAGUGUUAAACGAAACAUGCCUGUUCCAGCCAAUUCAUACCGAAGUAGUUCCAAUUAUCGAGGAAGCAGUGUUAUUGGUUUUGGUUCUUCUUCAUCUACAACCAGCAGCUCAAAGCCUCCAAUAUCGUCCAACACUUUUCCAUCUUAUCGAAACAGUGGUUCCUUUGAUUACUCAUCACCCUCCAUCUAUUCCACUUAUAGAGCCUCAUCAAGUAAUAGAUCAUCGUCUUCAUCAUCCACAUCAUCGUCCUCAUCUUCGUCAUCUUCAUCUCUAUCCUCACUUGCAUCUUCAUAUCACUCACCAUCGUCUUAUUUAACAUCUCUAUCCUCUUCCUCAUCAUCCUACUAUCGACCCUCAAGUCUGUUAUCAACAUCAGGAUUUUCAUCCACACCAUGCACUGUUACAUUAACCCGUUUUAACCCUAGACGAUCAAGUAUCGAUCAGAACGAUGAUGACACGGAUUCUCUCUCAUCAACUAAAUCAUCAUCUUCAAUAUCUUACCUGUCACCUUUAUCACGACGAAAAAAAUAUACUCUCAAUGACUCCAUAAUUCGGAACCCAUCAAACAUUGCCGGUUUAACAAACCUUGGUAACACUUGUUAUAUGAAUGCUAUAUUACAAUCUCUAUAUGCUACUGAAGGUUUCAGAAAUUACGUCACAAAAUCUCGCAGAGGUUCACUUAAUUCAGCUUUGGGACAGUUAUUUGAAGAAAUGAUAAGUUCCAUUAAUACAAGUGUUAACCCAAGCAGUUUUCGAAGUGCAUUUACUCGAAUACAACCAAAGUUUCGUGGAUACGAACAACAAGAUGCGCAAGAAUUUUUUCAAUACCUGAUCAAUGCCUUACAUGAUGAGGUUAACACUGGAAGUUUUGGCUCUUCAUCAAGAAACUCUAAAAGUCCCAAAUCAUCUAUAGAAGCAUGGGAACGAUAUAGAAUGCUGGAAGAUUCACCUUUUGUAGACCUGAUUGCAGGUCAACUAUCGUCAACAGUAACAUGUUCAAUCUGUGGAAAUGCUUCGACCUGUUGGGACCCUUUUUGGGAUCUAUCUCUUCCUCUACCAAAUAAUGUGCGAGAAACUGACAUUGAAAGAUGUCUUAAGGAAUUCACUGCAUUGGAAGAAUUAUCUCGAGAUGAAUUGGCGAAAUGUGACCGAUGUGAUAAACCCACAAAAUCGACUAAGAGAUUAAGCAUCGAAAAAGCUCCUCAAGUACUUAUUUUACAUUUAAAAAGAUUUUCUAAUGAUGGUUAUAAAUUAACUAUGCCUCGAGUAAUUGCCAAUGAACGUAUUGCGACUCGAUCAAAACAUUAUUCACUCUCAUCUGUUGUACUUCAUCAUGGUAGCUCGAUACGAUCUGGACAUUACACUGCUUACAGUUUACAUGGAUCUAAAUGGUUUCAUUUCAAUGAUGAAAGAGUAACUGAAAUUAAAAAUUUCAGUCCAAGUGACGCUGAAGACGCUUAUAUUUUGUUUUAUGUCGAAAGUUCAUGUUCAUCACGCCUUUGAAUACAUUUUUCUCAUCAAUAUGACGAUAACUCGCCUCCUCAUCUACGCAUAACUAACAAAACAUUUGUUAUAUAUAUAAUAUAUAUAUAUAUUUUAUCUGCAGACUCAAACGUUUCAAUAUAACACGUUGUCAUAUCAAAUCGUUCAAAUAAGAAAAGUUGUUCAUAAAAGUGAUUAUGAUUAUACCAAAAAAACAUCUAAUUAUUAUAGCAAAUUAAAUUUUCGGUCACUAUUAACUGUUAUUUACUUAUUUAAUGAUAAGACGACCAUAAAACCAGAAAUGAAAUAUUUAGUUGAACGAAUUUGCUCAAAAUACUGAAAAAUUUGAAGAAAAUAAAUUUAAUUAUCAAAGUUUAA